GUUGCGCCGAAUUUCAAAUUGCAGUGAUUGUGAAGUUUGUAUCAAUCAAUAACACAAGUUUACUUCAAGUUUUAUUACAUUAUAUUAUGUUAUUAAUUUCUUAAGAAUUAUUGGCGGUAACUUGCAGCUGUCAAUAUGAAGUUAACUACUUUCCGAUUUUCGGUAAUAUUAACGAUACAAACAGCGUUACUGGGAAUUGACUUGGGUGUAAAUAUAAUAUCUUUAUUAACUCGCCAGAGUAAUGCUAUCAUGCUUAUGCUAUUUAUAAUUCAGGAUGCUUGCCUAGUGUUAGCUUUGUCAGUUCUGCUGCUGACUUUCUUUUCAACUUAUGUUUUUCAGACGGGAUUGGUUUAUCUCCUCUAUGAACGAUUUAGAUUUACUUUGAUAAUAUGCAUGUUCUACUUUGUUCUUACCACGAUCGUACAUCUUUGGUCCUUAAUUAUGAGAUGGAACCACUUGAAACACAAUUGGAAUGCAAUAUUUCUUAGUUUCUUUGUUAUCCAGAGAUUAACGUCAGUGCUCUACUAUUACUAUUAUAAAAGAGCAUCAUUAAGAAUAAGCGACCCAAGAUUUUAUGAAGAAGUCGAAUGGGAGCAGAAUAGGUUGAGGCAGGCAAAUAUACCUGGGAAUUGAAAAUUGCCUUUACUGAAAC